GUUUACAGCUUCUCUCCACGUUAGCACCGUUGGUUCGUCCAGAAGUAAAACAGCAACGUUUUUUGCGUUUUUCCUUGCGAACAGUUCGAUAAUUUUGUCAAAUCGCUGGCUUAAUUGUGCGCUAAGCCUCCAUUAGCAUGAUUGUUUGCAGGCGGAAGGGUUACAGACACGCAUAGCGAUGACGAGCUGGCUAACGUAGCUCUGAGGUUAGCCAGCUAGUCAACUGACAACAUUAGCUAACUCUUUUUCUCCUACCUACAGAGGAACAUACAGAUAAACAGCAACCAGGUCUGGCGAUGGGUGCGGAGAGCAGCGCGGCGCGGGGCUGCGUCCUGGAGGAGCCGCUGCUGACCCUCCCCUCCGGACUCACCAUGUACUCUGCCAUGCUCCAGGAUGGGAAGCCUGCUUCCGUGUUUGUUUACAAGCGUGGCAAUGAGGACAAAGUCAACAAAGUGGCAAAGCACUUGAAGACCUUGAGGCACCCGUGUCUGCUGCGCUUCCUGUCGUGCUCGGUGCAGGACGGGGGGGGCAUCCACCUGGUGACGGAGCGGGUGCAGCCGCUGGAGCUGCUGCUGGACAGCCUGUCGCCGGAGGAGGUCUGCGCCGGCAUCUACGACCUCCUGCAGGCGCUGGUGUUUCUGCACGAGAGGGUGAGCCAAAAGAAGCAUCUUUAAAGUAUCGCCUGCACAGUUCAAGAUUCAAGGCUUUGCUUCUCAUUUAUAGCUACACUGUAGUCAUGACGAUCUUAGGUCACAGGCUCCUCC